GCGCCGGCGGUCACACCUGUGCUGGUGCACCCUGGCAUUAUCCCCAUCCACCAUCCUGUGGGUGACUGGCCACCAAAGGUUUUUGGCGCCACAAUUAUAUUGAGCUGCCAUUGCUUCUCACCUCUGCUUUGCAUCCAUCCAUCCAUCAGAGAUCAGGUAGAACAGUGAGAGUGAGGUGCAGAAAAAUUUGAGCUGAAGCUGAGGAUGGCAACAUCCAUGAUCACCUCGCCGCUGGUGGCGCCGGCCCGGGCCAAGGGCCUUCCGUCCAUCUCCCGCCGGGGAUCCUCCUUCGCCAUCGUCUGCAGCGGUGGGAAGAAGAUCAAGACCGACAAGCCCUACGGGAUUGGAGGUGGCAUGUCAGUCGAUAUUGAUGCAUCUGGCAGGAAGAGCACGGUCAGGACUUGUCCCCAGCUCCUAAAUUUCUCAAUGGGAAGGGUGUGUACCAAUUCGUUGACAAGUACGGCGCAAACGUCGACGGCUACAGCCCAAUCUACUCGCCGGAGGAAUGGUCUCCCACCGGUGACACCUACGUUGGUGGAACCACCGGGCUUCUGAUCUGGGCCGUGACCCUCGCCGGGCUCCUCGGCGGCGGCGCCCUCCUCGUCUACAACACCAGCGCCCUCGCCGGCUAAAUUUCACCCAAAUCCAGUCUAUGUAUGUAACACCAAGCUGGGUGUCUGCAUAUUCAUCUGUAAUCUAAGAUAGCCUUCCUCUGAAUGCGAUGUGAUGAUGCCCACUGCUUAAUCAAACUGCAUUGUGAUUAAUCUAUGUAACACUGUACUUGCAUGAUGAUGAUAUACUACACUUGAUACUUGAAUUUGGAGAUUAAUUGUUGAUACUAAA